AUGCCGAAGACAGUGGACAGUCCGUCUUCUGCAUCUCCUGCCUCACCGGCAAGUUUCCAUGCCUCCGAGGCUCUCCUCCCUGCCGGGUCCUCGCCGCUUCUUGCCCCGUCUCAUCACCAGCAUCAGUCUGCUGCGGCUGCUGCGGCUGUCUUUGGUCUUCUUCCCCCAUCGUCGGUGUCCAAAUCUUUGCCGGUCAGCGUGGUCACUCCAAGUGAUGCGUUUGGUUAUGGCUCGGACUCUACUGAUGACAUGCGCAUCCACCAAACUAAGACGAGAAUUACAGGGAGUAGCACACACGGGAUGAUGACGCCCUCUACCAUCACAUCGGCGUUAGGCGAAGAGCUGUUAAUGGACGAACUGAUGUACAACCGGCGUCGCCAGCGACGCAACCGGACUACUUUCACACCGCAGCAGCUGAGUGAACUGGAGACGCUCUUCUCCAAGACGCAUUACCCGGAUGUAUUCGUCCGCGAAGAUCUCGCCAUGCGCAUCAAUCUGACGGAAGCAAGAGUGCAGGUUUGGUUCCAAAACCGCCGUGCCAAGUGGCGUAAGAUGGCCCGCCAGCGGCUGGGCAUCGACCCGUGGCGUACCCGUCAGAUCACUGGUACCUACCCCGGAGCGGCCGCUAACGUGAGUUUUACCGGUAACCCUUGGUUGGCCGCGGCUGCAGCGGCAGCCGGGGCGGUCCGGCCGCCGGCCAUCACACCGUCGUCCGCUGGCUUCCUGUACAACGAGACCAUGGCCAGGGCAGCGCAUAACUCACUCAGAGAAAGCAUGAUUGCAGUUGCCGCCCUCCGCGAAGGAGCAGGCAUCCCCCAUCUCCACACAGGGCUCCCUCUACCGGCCUGCGGCUGCCACAUGACCUCCAUGACGUCUAAAGAAACCAAGGAGGACGUGUUGGGCGCCCCCAACGGUGACCUGCAGGGGACUUUUAGUUCCUGUAGUGAUGACAGUGUCAGUAGUUCCAGCGUGGCGGCUCUGCGUCUCAAAGCCAAGGAGCACGCUGACCUGGUGCACAGGGAGUCGUCUGCCAAAAACAGGGAAAAUGUUUAGGGAGUUUAUUUUUGUUAUUUAGUAAAAGAAAAACCACAGAAAGAAGGAGAGAUGGACCUCCAAAUCACGGUUGAGAUGUCAGAAAUAAACUCAUGUAUAUAGCUAUAAGUCAUUUCUGGUGACCGAGGAGUGAAUAAGCGGUUAUUUUUAUGAUCAAAAUUUCGUUCAUGAUUUUGUUCAGUAAUAUUUUUUUCGCGCCACUUAUGUCGCAAUUGUUUAUGUAUUGAGAUUGGUCCGUAAAGUUUGCGGUAUCAGUUAUACUCUCACAGUCUUGAAACAAACAAGAUAAAACUGUGAAACUGAAAUGUAUAAUCUUCAUUUAAAGUGAUAAGUAUGCUUAUUGUAAUUUCGUGCAAUUGUAUCAUGACGUCAGACCUCCGAUCGGCUGCCAUUGGCCCCUUAUGACCUCUAAUUUACAUAAUCAUUCCAAUAAUAAGAGGUGUUAAUUGAACCAGAAUUAAACGUGCAAUUCCAAAUUUUAAGGCGAAUUAAAUUCUCUGAGUUCCGUUUGAGAUAUAUAGAGUAAACAACAAAUAAUUAAACUUAAGAAUAUAUUCAAUGCAACAAUAGGAUACGAGUUUCCUUACAUUCGAGCAAUGGAAAAUGUUCAUGAGUAUCAGAAAGUGCAAUAAGAAAGUACUAUUAGAUAAAAACAAAUUAUCAUGAAUUGUGUGCGUCUGAAAUGAAAUUUCCUGUAGUGUUAUGCUGAUCGAAGUUUGUUGUUCAGUAUGGUUUAUGUAAAGGGCGCACUCUGUUGAUUUUACAAAACUUGGUUUUUACCGAUAAAAGAAAAUAACUCUUCACUGUACAUUAUUUUAUCUUCGUAGCUCAGUUUUCUGCCUCAGCUCUGUAAAUAUUAUUAGACGUUGUCAUUAAUUUGGUUAAAAGUAGAAAUAAGUGGAGUUUCUU